CUCACCUGCGCAGGUACACCGGACACGCGGAGCGGAGGAGGGCGCACCACUUGUGAGGGCCAUGUGCGCGCAGACCGGCCCGGACUGCCUUCGAAGGUUACACCUCCCCUGUCUGUGGAGCUUCAGUCGACCGAGACUGUCGCUGCACCGUUUUGCCUCCUGUUUCCAGCUCCUCCUGCUGUGCCUGGGCCUCCUGUUCUUCAGCUUCAUUUUGUUGGGCAUGUCGGGCAGCAUGUCAUGGUGGAACACGGUCCCCCUGGAUCAGUACUACCAACGACUUCUCAAACAGCAUGGGUACAACAGGAAAGGAUUCAGGCCCCCUGCUUUCCGUGAUGCUCAUCAACCUGUGCAGCUCCUGGUACAGACCUCUGCUUCCCCCAACGAGCUGACCACCAAACCAGAAGCACCCGCUCUGGCAACCAAACCCAAACCAGAAGCACCCUCUCCAGCAACCAAACCAGAAGUACCUGCUCCAGCAACAAAACCCCAACCCAAACCUAAACCAGAGACACCCACUUCAGCCUCCCAACCCCAACCAGAAGAACCUGCUCUGGCCAUCAAACCCAAAGGAGAAGCAUCUGCUCCAGCUACAAAACCCCCACUUCUCCACUUUCACAUUGCCUAUGCCCCAAACUAUCACUUCAUCAUGGACAACGCUGAUGCGUGCAAGAACCAUCCCUUCCUGGUUCUAAUGGUUCCAGUGGCACCCACAAAUGUAGAUGCACGAGAUGCCAUUCGUCAGACGUGGGGUAAGGAGUCCAGGGUGCAGGGGGAGCAGGUGCUGACUCUGUUCAUGCUGGGACUGGCCAAGGGUCCUCAGGCCGACCAGCAGAGCCUCCAGCAGGAGAAUGACCAGCACCAUGACCUCAUCCAGAGCGAUUUUGUAGACUCAUAUGUCAACCUCACCAUCAAGACCAUGGUGAUCAUGCACUGGCUCUCCAUGCACUGCACCAACGCCGUCUUUGCCAUGAAGAUUGACUCAGACAUGUUUUUGAAUAUAGACAAUCUUGUGGACAUGCUAAAAAAGCCUGAAAUACCCAGAGUGAACUAUUUAACUGGGAUGCUGAUGGUGAACCGUCCAGUGGUACGAUCCAAAAACUCAAAAUGGUAUGUGUCAGAAGAGAUGUACCCUGAGCACACCUAUCCGACCUACUGCCUGGGCAUGGGCUACAUCUUCUCCAGUGACCUCCCAAGUAAAUUUGUGGAGGUCUCCAAGACAAUCAAACCUUUUAACAUUGAGGAUGCUUACAUUGGAAUGUGUAUGACAAAGCUGGGUCUGAGUCCAACAUCUCCCCCACAGCCUUGGCAGUUUCAGGCAUAUAACUCAAAAUAUAACCGUUGCCAAUUCUCCAGGGUCAUCACCUACAUCCUGCACUCCUCACAGCAGCUGCUCCAGUUCUGGACAGACUUGAAGAAAUCUGGUCCACCCUGUCCAGAAUGACACCACGAAUCUGAGGUGCAGUGGAGUGGGAGUGUGGGUGGGUACAGUAUGUGCUGGCCACAUGGACUGCAUUCAUUCAUACAGCCUGAUCUGGGACUUGACCUGCAUUCUGCCAGAACAAAGUCAUGUAUGAACAAAGUCACAACUGCUUUUCCAGCAUUUUUGAUCUGGUCAUUUCUCAGGUAAUUUACCAGAAUAUGCACGGAAUGUGUGAAUAAAGCCAAGGAAUAAUGAAGGCUGGUAUGAAGUAUCAGAGGUGUAGAAGCCACCUUAACCUUUUUGCACUGUUGUCUGUACAACAUGUGGGCCCGGUCAAGCAGAAGUAAACAGCAAGGCCAAAAAUUCAAGUUAAUGCAUCUGAUAUCAAAAUGUAUUCAACAGAUACAUAUGUACUCUAGUUUAUGAAACUGUUGACCUUUUUUCUGUACCAUUUUUGGUUCUAAAGUUCCAUACAUUUUAAACAGACCAUGUAUGAAACAUGGAACAAAAAUUAUUUCCCAAAUUUCAAAGACCUGCAAAUCAUGUCAAUAAAUGGAUGUAUUUCAUCAUAUCUUGUGUUAUUCCAUCUUUGAACUGUUGAUGAAGGUACAUGAUUUUUCAAAAAAAUGUAUUUAAAAUGAUAUAAAUUUGCUUGGAAGGACUGACAUAUUUUAUAGAAAUAGUUUCCUUUCAUUUUGAAGUAAUAUUAAAGUAUUCAGAAGAAAAAAGCGACAAAUGAUGUAAAAUCAUGCACCUUAAACUUGUUUGUACAAUUUUCCCUCCGUUACU